AACUGAACAUUCAUUUGCUCUCGACAGUUGCACCGCUCGCAAUCCCGGGCAGUUCUCGUGUAAAAAGGUGAAAUGGCACACACAACGUACGUCCUCACCGUUGCACUUUUAUGUUUGACUCCGGCCGUAUUAGGACAGCACCCGAGGGAUCCUCCAGGAAGUAUCUCCGGUGAUCGUAAUGUCGAUGAUAUCCUUUGGAGGAACAAGUGUUGGUGUCCGUGUAAACCUAGCGCCCAGAAGGAAUACUACAUCCCUACUUUACAAAAAUCGGAUUGGUUUGGAGCGGUGUCCUACUGUGCCAACGUCGGCAUGGAGAUUGCUGAGGUGCUGAACCUGGCCGAGCUGGACGCGUUACGCGAGACGAUCAACGAAGAGGAGCAGGAUCCGGAGGAGGAAUUCUACUGGAUCGGAGCGAACGAUCUCGGUAACCAGACUGUGUACCGCUGGGCGCUCACCGGCCGCCCAGUUGAACCCGAAGUCACCAACUGGGACAAAGGUGAACCGAACAACGUACGCGAAUCGGACAACUCUCCGAUGGAGCACUGCGCUGCCGUCAACAAGGAAACUCAAAAGUGGAUCGAUUUUCAGUGCAGCGUCACUAAGAAGUUCGCCUGCCAACGGUUCCGGGUCGAUUAAACCGAGCCUGGGUGCUCCGAGCGCAGAACUUCCAUUUAUUGCUAGUAUUCACAAAUAAACAGUUUUUCUCCCUC